AUGUCCUACGCGUCAAAAUACACCCCGAAGCCAGUCACAGACAUCUUUACUCGCGAUACUGAUAUAGAUCGGCGACAAUGUACCCGGACUGUUCCAAUGAAGGUCCUUAUACUGGGAUGUGGAAGAACAGGAACUACAUCUAUAAAAGCCGCAAUGAAAAGACUUGGAUAUGUCGACACCUACCACAUGAUGAACUGCUCUAUCGAAAACCCGCCUGAUGCUCUUCUAUGGAUGGACGCGCUACGGGCUAAAUACGACGGCGUCGGCGAACCAUUCACCCGUAAAGACUGGGAUAAGCUCCUCGGUGGCGCACAAGCAGUAUGCGACUGGCCCGCCUGUGCGUUCGCAAAGGAGCUCAUCGAAGCGUACCCCGAGGCGAAGGUUAUACUUACAGGACGCGACGUCGACUCGUGGCAUGCAUCGACAAUGCGAACGGUGUACUGGCGAGUGACCGACCCCGAGCUUCGCAUCUUGUCUCGCUUCAGCUGGGCCGCUAGCAUGUACUAUCCGAUGCUGAAGAAGUUCUUCGAUACGUUUUUCGAAGGGAACUUCCCGGAGAAAGGGAAGGCAAUUUUCGCACGUCAUUAUGCCGAAGUCAAGGCUAUGGUGCCCAAGGAGAAGCUCCUUGAGUAUAGAGUCACCGACGGCUGGGAGCCACUAUGCAAAUUCCUCGGCGAAGACAUACCGAGGGACUGCCCCUUUCCAAAUGUCAACGACAAUAAGGACUUUGUGUCGCGAUCGCGCUGGAGGAAUAGAUGUCAGAUGCUUAAUGUUGCGGCGCAGGUUGUGGAGAUACUGUUGAUAAUUGGAUUUAAGAUGUAG